AUGGUUCGCCCUCAUGUGAUUCUAGUAACUUUCCCGGCACAGGGCCACAUCAAUCCAUCUCUGACGUUUGCCAAGACCCUUCUCAGAAAUGGCAUUGAAGUCACUUUUGCGACAAGUUUAUGCGCCCAGCGGCGGAUGGCCAAAGCAGCCGGUGACAUCACCAAUGGCAUUACUUUUGCGGCUUUUUCUGACGGAUAUGACGAUGGGUUCAAACCAAGUGAUGAUCCAGAGCACUACAUGAGGGAGCUUAGAAAUCGCGGUUCAGAAACACUAAGGGACACUAUUCUAGCCAGUGCCGAGCAAGGCCGCCCAAUUACGUGCCUAGUUUACACCCUUCUACUCCCGUGGGCUGCAGCGGUAGCUCGUGAAGUCCACAUCCCGAGUGCUCUUCUGUGGAUUCAACCAGCCACUGUGUUGGAUAUAUAUUACUAUUAUUUCAAUGGCUAUGGUGAAGAAAUCAAUAAUUCUUCGGACGACCCGUCGUGGGCAAUUCAACUGCCUAGACUUCCAUUGCUGGCUAAACGUGAUCUUCCAUCAUUUAUGCUUCCUGCGAGUGGAGGCGAUCAGUAUAAAUUUGCUCUUCCGACUUUUAAAGAGCAGCUAGAGACGUUGGAUGCAGAAACAAAGCCAAAAGUGCUCGUGAAUACUUUCGAUGCACUAGAGCCUGAUGCACUUAAGGCGAUUGAAGAUUACGAGUUAAUCGGGAUUGGACCUUUAAUUCCUUCUGCUUUCUUGGAUGGAAAAGAUCCAUUGGAUAAGACGGUUGGUGGAGAUCUUUUUCAUAAAUCGGACGAUUAUCUUCAGUGGUUGAACUCCAAGCCAGAAUCUUCCGUGGUUUAUGUGUCAUUUGGUAGUCUUUUGAGGCUCCCAAAAGUUCAACUAGAGGAGAUUGCUAAAGGAUUGCUCGAGUGUGGACGACCGUUUUUGUGGGUUAUACGUGUAAACGAGAACCAAGAAGAAGAAAAAGAGGAUGACAAACUAAGUUGUUUGGAUGAAUUGGAAAAACUGGGAAAAAUAGUACCAUGGUGUUCACAACUUGAGGUUCUAACACACCCUUCGUUGGGUUGUUUUGUGACUCAUUGUGGUUGGAAUUCGACGUUGGAGAGUUUAUCAGGCGCUGUUCCUUUGGUGGCAUUUCCACAGUGGACUGAUCAAGGAACCAAUGCAAAGCUUAUACAAGAUGUUUGGAGGACAGGCCUAAGGGUGAACCCAAGAGAAGAUGGCACCGUUGACAGUGACGAGAUCAAGAGUCCAAGAAUAGCACGUGUGCCACGCCUUUAA